GCGCCUGGGGCUAUCCGGAAGUGGCGGAGGAAGGCUUGGAAAAGCGCUAUUUAUAUUUUUUAACUGGGGUGAGUUCCGGGAAGAGCUUCAGCACCAAGGGGAAACACUGGGACACGCUGAGGGAGGAGCCAGGGGCCAUUUACUUCCUCAUUGGUUGGGACCGCCUUCUUGGCCACGCCCCUAGCUUUCGGACACCCUCCCUUUCUUAACCUUAAGCCCCUCCCGUUCCUCUGAAACCGAGUCGCAGUCCCUCCCUCUUUCCUGGUACUUCCUGUUCCCGGCUAACCCUGGUGCUGGGCUGGGGGCUGAAGAGUGACGGUGGCCAGAGUAAAUUGCGGCGUCUGCGCGUUCCCUGUGAGGCCUUAAAGCCAGGCACUAGGCAGGAGGGCCGCGUGCAGCCUUCACUGGGUACUGGCGGGCGGCAAGGCGGGGGCUGACUCCUGAGGAUGCCGGGGGAGGAAGAGCGGGCCUUCCUGGCAGCUCGCGAAGAGCUGGCGAGCGCCCUGAGGAGGGAUUCCGGGCAGGCUUUUUCCCUGGAGCAGCUCCGGCCGCUACUGGCCACCUCCCUGCCGCCAGCCGCCCGCUACCUGCAGCUGGACGCCUCACGCCUGGUCCGCUGCAACGCCCAUGGGGAGCCCCGAAACUACCUCAGCACCCUGUCCACUGCCCUGAACAUCUUGGAGAAAUACGGCCGCAACCUCCUCAGCCCUCAGCGGCCCCGGUACUGGCGCGGGGUUAAGUUUAAUAAUCCUGUCUUUCGCAGCACAGUGGAUGCCGUGCAGGGGGGCCGGGAUGUAUUAAGAUUGUACGGCUACACGGAGGAGCAGCCAGAUGGAUUGAGCUUUCCCGAAGGGCAAGAGGAGCCAGAUGAGCACCAGGUUGCUACAGUCACACUGGAAGUAUUGCUGCUUCGGACAGAACUCAGCCUGUUAUUGCAGAAUACUCAUCCAAGACAGCAUGCACUGGAACAGCUGCUGGAAGACAAAGUAGAAGAUGAUAUGCUACAGCUUUCAGAGUUUGAACCCCUACUGAAAGAGAUUGCCCCUGGCCCCCUCACCACACCCUCUGUCCCAGGCUCUACUCCUGGUCCCUGCUUCCUCUGUGGUUCUGCCCCAGGCACACUGCACUGUCCAUCCUGUAAACAGGCCUUGUGCCCAGCCUGUGACCACUUGUUCCAUGGACAUCCAUCCCGUGCUCAUCACCUCCGCCAGACCUUGCCUGGAACCCUAGUCCAUUCCACCCACCGGAACUCCAGUUUACCUGCCUCAGCCCAACCACGGCCCCAGCCAACCUCCCUGCUGGCCCUGGGAGAUAGCUCUCUUUCUUCCCCUGAUCCUGCAAGUGCUCGUUUGCCCUGGCAUUGUGCUGCCUGUGCCAUGCUAAAUGAACCUUGGGCAGUACUUUGUGUGGCCUGUGAUCGGCCCCGAGGCUGCAAAGGGUUGGGGCUGAGGGAGGGUUCCCAAGGAACGGGGGGCCUGGAACCUGAGCUUGCCCGGGGUCAGUGGGCCUGCCAAAGCUGUACCUUUGAGAAUGAAGCAGCAGCUGUGCUAUGUGCUGUUUGUGAGCGACCUCGGCUGGCCCAGCCUCCCAGCUUGGUGGUGGAUUCCCAGGAUGCUGGGAUUUGCCUGCAACCCCUUCAGCAAGGGAAUACUUUGCUCUCUUCUGCCCAAACUCAAGUCUGGUACUGUAUUCAUUGUACCUUCUGCAACUCGGGCCCUGGCUGGGUAUGUGUUAUGUGCAACCGGACCAGCAGCCCCAUCCCAGUCCAGCAUGCCACCCACUCCCACGCCAGCUCUGUGGAAAAGGGACUCCCCAAGCCUGGGCCCCCAGGAUGCCUCAGUGCGCCUCUGCCCAGUUCCUGUGGAGACCCUGAGAGGCAGCGCCAAGACAAGAUGCGGGAGGAAGGUCUCCAACUAGUAAUCAUGAUCCGGGAAGGGGAAGCUGCAGGUGCUUGUCCAGAGGAGGUCUUCUCAGCUCUGCAGUACUCAGGCACUGAGGUGCCCCUGCAGUGGUUGCGUUCAGAGCUUCCCUACGUGCUGGAGAUGGUGGCUGAACUGGCUGGACAGCGGGACCCUGGGCUGGGUGCCUUUUCCUGUCAGGAAGCUCGAAAAGCCUGGCUGGAUCGUCAUGGCAACCUUGAUGAAGCUGUGGAAGAGUGUGUUAGGGCCCGGCGUAGGAAGGUACAGGAGCUCCAGUCCCUGGGCUUUGGGCCUGAGGAGGGAUCUCUCCAGGCAUUAUUCCAACAUGGAGGUGAUGUGGCCCGGGCUCUGACAGAGCUACAGCGCCAGCGCUUAGAGCCCUUCCGUCAGCGUCUCUGGGAUGGUGGUCCUGAGCCCAUCCCCUCCUGGGAUGGACCAGAUAAGCAGAGCCUGGUCAGACGGCUUUUGGCAGUCUAUGCACUCCCCAGCUGGGGCCGUGCAGAGCUGGCGCUGUCGCUGCUACAGGAGACACCCAGGAACUAUGAGUUGGGGGAUGUAGUAGAAGCUGUGAAGCACAGCCAGGACCGUGCCUUCCUCCGCCGCUUGCUUGCCCAGGAGUGUGCUGUGUGUGGCUGGACCCUGCCCCACAAUCGGAUGCAGGCCCUGACUUCCUGUGAGUGCACCAUCUGUCCUGACUGCUUCCGCCAGCACUUCACCAUCGCCUUGAAGGAGAAGCACAUAACAGACAUGGUGUGCCCUGCCUGUGGCCGCCCUGACCUCACCGAUGACACACAGUUACUCCCCUACUUCUCCACCCUUGACAUCCAGCUUCGGGAGAGCCUAGAGCCAGAUGCCUAUGCAUUGUUCCAUAAGAAGCUGACUGAGGGUGUGCUGAUGCGGGACCCCAAGUUCUUGUGGUGUGCGCAGUGCUCCUUUGGCUUCAUAUAUGAGCGUGAGCAGCUGGAAGCAACAUGUCCCCAGUGUCACCAGACCUUCUGUGUGCGUUGCAAGCGCCAGUGGGAGGAGCAGCACCGAGGUCGGAGCUGUGAGGAUUUCCAGAACUGGAAAAGAAACAAUGACCCAGAAUACCAGGCCCAAGGCCUGGCAAUGUAUCUUCAGGAAAAUGGCAUUGAUUGCCCCAAGUGCAAGUUCUCGUACGCACUGGCCCGAGGAGGCUGCAUGCACUUUCACUGCACCCAGUGCCGCCACCAGUUCUGCAGUGGCUGCUACAAUGCCUUUUACGCCAAGAAUACCCUCCAGUGUCUGUCUCCCAUCUCCCCCUACCCCUACACUCCUCAUGUAGGGGUUCUUGAGAGGCCAGGACCUCAACAGUCUCCAACUUCUCUCUCCCAUCUGGGUUUCUGCCAGAAAUGUCCAGACCCUAACUGCAGGGUGAAAAAGUCCCUUCAUGGCCAUCACCCUCGAGACUGCCUCUUCUACCUACGGGACUGGACUGCUCCCCGGCUCCAAAAGCUGCUACAGGACAAUAAUGUCAUGUUUAAUACAGAGCCUCCAGCUGGGGCCCGCGCAGUCCCUGGAGGUGGCUGCCGAGUGAUGGAACAGAAAGAGGUUCCCAAUGGGCUCAGGGAUGAAGCUUGUGGCAAGGAAACUCCAGCUGGCUAUGCCGGCCUCUGCCAGGCACACUACAAAGAGUAUCUUGUGAGCCUCAUCAAUGCCCACUCACUAGACCCAGCCACCCUGUAUGAGGUGGAAGAGCUGGAGACGGCCACUGAACGCUACCUGCACUUGCGCCCCCAGCCUCUAGCUGGAGAGGAUGUCCCUGUCUACCGUGCCCGCUUGUUACAGAAGCUGACAGAAGAGGUGCCCCUGGGACAGAGUAUCCCUCGCAGAAGGAAGUAGCCGAGGGCAAGAGUCCUGAUGAGGGUCCUGUGGCCUGACUCCAUCAGGAACAGCUCCAGCACCAAUAAAGAAGCAUCUUAUUGUG